GUGGGUGAACUUCUCAAAAAAAAAAAAAAAGUGGAAGGUGGGUGAAGCAAUAAGAAGCCACUUUCGGCCGCCGGUGGAUACCAAUAUUACAUCCAUCCCCAUCCAUCCACACUCACAUAUUGCCACUAUUUCAUUUCCACUUUUAUUCUUUUUCUUGGCUCUUCUUUUUCCUCCAAAACUCACCACAAAAUAUCACAAACAAUAAACUCUUUAUAAUUUCAUUUCACACCCAACAAAAAAAAAACACAACCUAGUAACAAAAAACAACAACAAACAAUGUUGUUUAAAUUUGUAGCAGGUCCAAGGAAGAAGAAACCAGGAACCGUUCCUGUUUAUCUUAACGUAUAUGACCUCACACCUAUUAACGGUUAUGCAUAUUGGCUUGGUCUUGGAGUUUAUCAUUCAGGAGUACAAGUUCAUGGUAUUGAAUAUGGUUUUGGAGCACAUGAGAAUGACACAACAGGAAUUUUUGAAGUUCAACCAAAAAACUGUCCUGGUUUCACUUUUAGAAAAUCUAUUUUUAUUGGAACAACGGAUCUGGGUAUGAAAGAUGUUCGUGAAUUUAUGGAGAAACUAGCUCAAGAGUAUUCUGGAAAUUCUUAUCAUCUUAUUUCCAAAAAUUGUAACCAUUUUUGUGCUGAUGUUUGUUACAAAUUAACUGGAAAAUCAAUUCCUCGUUGGGUUAAUCGACUUGCAAGACUUGGUCUAUUUUGCAACUGUGUUCUUCCCCCUGGCUUGAAUGAAACAAAGGUUCGGCAAGAUACAUCAGAAAAGGUUGAAGAAAGAGAAAAGAGGAAAAUCAGAAGUCAGUCCAGCCGGUAUGAGGCUUCCUCUAAUCGUCAAGCUUCAUCAAGACAUUGCCUUCCUCCAUCAUUGAUGAAAGCUUCUUCAACCUCAACAUUAACAGUAAAGUAAUGAUUUGACAGGAGUUAGCCCCUAAAGCAUAGUGUUUGAGUCGAGAAUUGUGUAAGCAACCUAAGAUUAUUCAGAGCAGAAAGUUGUUUAUUUGCUCAAUCUUUCUGUUUUGCUGUAUAUGUUUCAUAUGUUGCAAUAGAUCGAUAUUAGGCUUUGUCUAAUUCGCACAAAUAUAUUACUUUGGUAUCAUGCACAAGUUUUUUUUUCUACCAUUAGAUCAAUUAGUCUUAUCAUAUCUUAUUUAAUUUAAAGGUGAGAUUUACUGAUCCAAUAGUGAAAACAUACUUGUGUAUGGUUUAAGAUUUGUCUCACUUGUGCGCCAUAGAAUUGACCUAGAUACUAUGGAAUGGUUGCUUUGUGUGAGUUUUUUGUCUCUGUUCUUUUUUUAAGAUGCUUUCUUUCUUCAAUGAAUGGAAAGUAUCUUUGUUUUUACAUUUAUGGGCUGUGUUUGUUUAGCUUCUUUACCUGAUGUAGCAAGUAGUAAUGUGUUCUUUGUGUAGAGCAUUGUAACUUCACUGGAAUAUUGUGAGUCGAGGAAAAUGGUCUAUUCUUGUAGUCGAAAUUUCUGAAACUUCAAAUUUGUGCUUUAAGAUAAUGAAAAAUGUAUUUGUUUA